GACCCACCGGGCUGCCCUCCCCUGCGCACUCCCCUCGCUGCCCCGGCCAGGAGCGCAGCACCGCAGCGCAGGUAUUUUUGCUGAGCUAUGCAAGGAACUUCACUAGCUGGAGAUUCACAAUGUUGAAAGCCCUUUUUCUAACUAUGCUGACUCUGGCGCUGGUCGAAUCACAGGACACCGAAGAAACCAUCACAUACACGCAAUGCACUGAUGGCUACGAGUGGGACCCUGUAAGACAGCAGUGCAAAGAUAUUGAUGAAUGUGACAUUGUCCCUGACGCUUGCAAAGGUGGAAUGAAAUGUGUCAACCACUAUGGAGGAUACCUAUGCCUUCCUAAAACAGCCCAGAUUAUUGUCAAUAAUGAACAACCUCAGCUAGAAACACCAGCAGCUGAAGCAGCCUCAGGCGCAGCCACCGGGGGUGUAGCUGCCAGUAGCAUGGCAACCAGUGGAGUGGUGCCUGGGGGUGGUUUUGUGGCCAGUGCUGCUGCAGUCGCAGGCCCGGAAGUACAGACUGGCCGAAAUAACUUUGUCAUCCGGCGGAACCCAGCUGACCCUCAGCGCAUUCCCUCCAACCCUUCCCAUCGGAUCCAGUGUGCAGCAGGCUACGAGCAAAGCGAUCACAACGUGUGCCAAGACAUCGACGAGUGCACUGCAGGGACGCACAACUGUAGAGCAGACCAAGUGUGCAUCAAUUUACGAGGCUCCUUUGCAUGCCAUUGCCCUCCAGGGUAUCAGAAGCGAGGAGAGCAGUGUGUGGACAUAGAUGAGUGCUCUGUGCCUCCGUAUUGCCACCAAAGAUGUGUGAACACUCCAGGCUCAUUUUACUGCCAGUGCAACCCCGGGUUUCAGUUGGCGGCAAACAACUACACCUGUGUAGAUAUAAAUGAAUGUGAUGCCAGCAACCAAUGUGCUCAGCAGUGCUACAACAUUCUGGGUUCAUUCAUCUGUCAGUGCAAUCAAGGAUAUGAGCUGAGCAGUGAUAGGCUCAACUGUGAAGAUAUUGAUGAAUGCAGAACCUCAAACUACCUGUGUCAAUAUCAAUGUGUCAAUGAACCUGGGAAAUUCACAUGUAUGUGCCCCCAGGGAUACCAAGUGGUGAGAGGCAGAACAUGUCAAGAUAUCAAUGAGUGUGAGACCGCCAAUGAAUGCCGAGAGGAUGAAAUGUGUUGGAAUUAUCAUGGUGGCUUCCGUUGUUACCCACGAAAUCCUUGUCAAGAUCCCUAUAUUUUAACAUCAGAGAACCGAUGUGUUUGCCCAGUCUCAAAUGCUAUGUGCAGGGAACUGCCCCAAUCCAUAGUCUACAAAUACAUGAGCAUCCGCUCUGACAGGACUGUACCAUCAGACAUCUUCCAGAUACAGGCCACAACUAUUUAUGCCAAUACCAUCAAUACUUUUCGGAUUAAAUCUGGAAAUGAAAAUGGAGAGUUCUACCUAAGGCAAACAAGUCCUGUAAGUGCCAUGCUAGUGCUCGUGAAGUCACUAACAGGACCAAGAGAAUACAUCGUGGACCUGGAAAUGCUGACAGUCAACAGUAUAGGGACCUUCCGCACAAGCUCAGUGUUAAGAUUGACAAUUAUAGUGGGGCCAUUUGCCUUUUAGCCUUUUACCAGAGUCUACCACAGGCAUUUAAAUCAACCAAAGAAUAUUGUUACCUUAAAGCACUAUUUUAUUUAUAGAUAUAUCUAGUACAUAUACAUAUACAUCUAUAUACUGUACACUCACCCAUAAUUCACACAAUUACACCAUGGUAUAAAGUGGGCAUUUAAUCUGUAAAGAUUCAAGGUUUGUCUGUAUUAAUGUGUGUAAAUUAGACAUUAA